AUGGAGCCAAAAAGCACAACAAUAAAAGAAAAAACAAAGGAGAUUUUUGAAAAUAUGAAGCAAGAAAAUCUUGAUAAAUAUGACGUGAGCACAGAUGGAAAGAUUUUAAGUAAGAAGGGAGGAAAAGAAAUACAGGGAAGCAAUGCUCAAAAAUCUAUAGAGUGCAUUCUUCGAACUGGAAUAAGUGGGAAAUUAAGAUGGGGAGAAUUGACACCACCUGGAACAUCUGUUUUAGAAAAUAAAUUAAAAAGUGAUAAUAAAAUUUGGCCGUUGAUAGAGAAGGCUAGGGAGCAUUGUACACCAAAAAGAACUUAUUCAAAACAAAAAAGAAAAAUACCCGAAUCCAAGGAAAUAGCUGAAUCAAAAUGGAGACUUCCCGCAGAGUGGAAAUGA